GCAGGUUGUCAGAACGGGUAGCCCUCGUUAUAUUUACCCUCGGCAAAUGAGAUCUCUAUUUAAACUGUGAUGCAACCACAUUUACCAGCAGAUCUGCCGAAGGGUCCCACCUCACCAGAUAUCAAGAUGUUGAAAUUUUCGAUAUUGCUGUGUCUCUUGUCUCUGUCAUUUGCUGAUCCUUCAUCCGGGGAAGAUGAAGGCAUGUCUCUUGAACAGAAGAUGGAGGCAUACAAGGCGUUCAAAGCAUUCGGCAUGUUUGCUGAGAAGGCCAAGGAUCUGAAGGAAAAGAAAGAAACGGAGAAGAAGAUUGAGGCCUUUAAAACCUUUGCUGCUUUCAAGAAGUUCUCAAUGAAGAUGGCUGGAAUGAAAGGCGAAGGUGAAGGUGAAGGCAAAGGCGAAGGCGAAGGCGAACGCGAAGGCGAACGCGAAGGCGAACGCGAAGGCAGGGGCGAAAUGAGCUUUGAAAAGAAGAAGGAAGCUUUUGAAACGUUUGUUAAAUUCAAAAUGUUCUUUGGGAAAAUGAAAGAAUCAAAGGAAAAAAAAGAAAUGGAGGAGAAGAAAGAGGCUUUCAAGAAGUUCCUAGCCUUUGCUAAGAAGAUGCAUGGGGAGGAUAAGGAUGAGGAGGGGCAAAUGGGUGAGAACAGAGGAGAGGGAGAGGAAAGGGAGAUGUUGGAGAAAUUCCACAAGUUCAUUGCUCACAUGAAGGAAAAGAAGGAGGCUGCGAAGAUGGAAAAAGAACACGAUGAAGAAUUUGACCAAAACACAGAGGGAAUGGACUUUGAGCAGAAGGCUAAGGCCUUCAAAAUGUUCGUUGCUUUCAAGAGGUUUGCUGAGAAAAUGAAGGAAGAUAAAGAACAUGAGGCAUUUGAGGAAAAAAAGAAGGCUUUUGAGAUGUUUUGCAGAUUCGUCCAGUUCGUCAAGAUGGCAAAGAAGGCAAAGGAGAUGGGCGGUGAAAUGGAAGAGAAGGAAAUGGGACAUGAAGAAAAGAAGGCUCAGUUUGAGAAGUUUGAGAAGUUUGUGAAGUUCAUGAAAGCGAUGAAGGCUAAAGGCAUGGAAGGCGCCGAGGACAUGGAAUUCGAAAAGAGGACAGAGGGGAUGGACUUUGAGAAGAAGGCCAAGGCUUUCAAAAUAUUUGUUGCUUUCAAGAAAUUUGCUGAGAAAAUGAAGGAGGAAAAAGAGCGUGAGGCAUUUGAAGAGAAGAAGAAAGCCUUUGAGAAAUUUGUAGCUUUCCAUAAGUUUGUCAAGACGUCCAAAAUGGGAAAUAGCGGAGAACAAAAGGAAGAUGAUGGAGGGAUGGACAUGGAUGAGAAGAAAGCAAUGUUCUUCAAAUUCGUCAAGUUCGUCAAAGCAAUGAAGGCCAAGAAAGCCAACCAGGAACAAGAAGAGCAACAUGACAAGGAAUUGGAGAAGGAUACCAAGGAACUCAGCUUUGAGCAGAAGGCAAAGGCAUUCAAAAUGUUCGUUUCCUUCAAGGCGUUUGCCAGCAAGAUGAAGGCAGCAAAGGAAGAGGAAGAAAUGCAACAGAAGAAGAAAGCGUUCAUGAUGUUCGCCAAGUUCGCCAAAUUCGUCAAGACGAUGAAGCAGAUGAAGAGUCAGAUGCAGGGUGAAGAUAGGAUGGACCAGGACAACAAGGGUAUGGACUGGGAAGAAAAAGCCAAGGCCCUCGAGAAGUUCAAGAAAUUCAACGAAUUCAUGAAGUACGCUGAGACGAAAAACUCUGAUGACGAGGAGGGGCAACAGAUGUAUGCCAUGUGGCAGAAGAAGAUGGCGGUCCUCAAAGGGAUGGACAAGCAGAGGAAGAUGAUGGAAUUCGUUCAGGAAUUUGAGAAGAAGAAGCACGAAGUCGCUUUCAAGAUCUCUCACGAGUUCGUCCAGCUGUGCCAGUGUGCUGAAGUCAGUGACCAGAUGUCCAUGAUGAUGGGACAACAACAGAGCAACAACGUGUCUACGAACGGCACAGAUUUAAUGGCUGGAAUGGGCAAUGGGACCGACACAUAUGACACGGUGUUCAACAACAUGGACGCAGUCAAAUUAGCAGAGAAACUCAAGUCCAUGAGUAAGGAACAGAAGGUGAAGGUCUUCAUGGCUGGGCUCAUCAAGUCUGUUUGUGGAGGAGCUAAGGUCUUUGUGGCACAGGCCAAAAGAUUUCAGGAACACUACAUGAGCAAUGAGACUUCGUCCAGAUCUCCCACCACGGACUGAUGGGUUUACCCAACCUCAACAUCUUUUUACAACAAGACCGACGACGGUGACCCAGCUUGUCUGUUACACACACCAUGCUGACGACUGUCUCGAAGAUAUCUUAUGAUGCUAAUUUUUUAAUAAAAAGUAUACAUCAUCA